UGGAGCCAUGGUUGACAUGGGGGGCCUAGACAACCUUAUUGCAAACACAGCCUAUCUACAAGCCCGUGAUGGAGACACCAAGGACAUGCAGAAACGACGACGCAGCCUGGUACUGCCAGCCCGCGAGCAUUGUGCAGAACUGCGGCAAGUCUUGCCCACUCACUUUGAGAGCUUGUGUGAGCAGCAGCCCAUCGGUCGCCGUCUAUUCCGUGACUUCCUUGCCACGGUACCUGCCUACAAAGAGGCCGUGGACUUCCUCAGUGAGGUGUCUAGCUGGGAGCUAGCUGAAGAGGAUAGUACCAAGGACAGCACUCUGAGGAGGCUGGUGAAUGCUUGUGCGCAGGCCAGAACCCCUGCGGGCCAGCUCCCUUUCCUCAGCCCAGCCCUGGCCACCAAGUGCCAGGUUGCCUCUGAGAAGGAGCACGCUUCCCUAGUGAAGUUGGCCAAGGCUGAGACGAUGGCCUUCCUUCAGGAUCAGCCCUUCCGGGACUUCCAAGCUAGCCACUUCUUUGACAGAUUUUUGCAGUGGAAAGCCUUUGAACAGCAGCCAAUAACAGAAAAAUAUUUUGAUGAAUUCCGAGUGCUGGGGAAGGGGGGUUUCGGGGAGGUGUGUGCCAUCCAAGUGAAAAAUACUGGCAAGAUGUAUGCCUGUAAGAAAUUGGACAAGAAGCGGCUGAAGAAGAAAAGGGGGGAGCAGAUGGCUCUUCUAGAGAAGGAAAUCCUGGAGAAAGUCAACAGCCCUUUCAUCGUAACACUGGCUUAUGCCUUUGAGAGUAAGUCCCACCUGUGCCUGGUCAUGAGCCUGAUGAAUGGUGGGGACCUCAAGUACCACAUCUAUCAUGUGGGUGAGCGGGGCCUGGAGAUAAACAGGAUCAUCUUCUACUCCGCACAGAUCACUUGUGGAAUAUUGCACCUCCACUCCAAUGGCAUUGUCUACCGGGACAUGAAGCCUGAGAAUGUCCUUCUGGAUGACCGUGGCAACUGUAGGCUGUCUGACCUGGGACUGGCUGUCCAGAUUAAAGACGGCAAGCCCAUUACCCAGAGGGCUGGAACCAAUGGUUACAUGGCUCCAGAAAUCCUGAAGGAAGAAGAAAGUUAUUCCUAUCCUGUGGACUGGUUCGCAAUGGGGUGUAGUAUUUAUGAAAUGGUAGCUGGGCGAACGCCAUUCAAAGAUUACAAGGAAAAAGUCAGCAAAGAAGAUUUAAAACAGAGAACCUUGAAACAAGAGGUCAGAUUCCAACACCCAGGCUUCACAGAAGAAGCCAAAGAUGUAUGUCGUCUCUUCCUGGCCAAAGCAGCAGAACACCGCUUAGGAAGCAGAAAAGAAGGGGAUGAUCCCAGGAAACAUGCUUUCUUCAAAACAAUCAACUUCCCCCGACUGGAGGCUGGCCUUAUUGAACCCCCAUUUGUGCCAGACCCUAGUGUGGUGUAUGCCAAAGACAUCGCUGAUAUUGAAGAUUUCUCUGAGGUUAAGGGGGUCGAGUUUGACGAAAAAGAUAGGAAGUUCUUUAAAAAAUUUUCAACAGGUGCUGUUCCUAUAGCCUGGCAAGAAGAAAUUAUAGAAACAGGACUCUUUGAAGAACUCAAUGACCCCAAUAGAUUAUCAGGCUGCGCAAAUGGCAGCACAGCCAAAUCUGGGGUGUGUGUGUUACUGUAAGCUUUGACCUGAUUCUGCAGUGCUUCAAACACUUGGAAAAUCUCUUGGAUAGGUUUUGCUCAAGGACUGUGACACCAGGCUAACAAUUAGUUUCCAUUUAUAAAUGACUUUGAGGUCUGCAAAACACCUCCUAGCAACCCUGUGAGGUGUGUAGAGCACUACAAUAGCCACAUUUUACGGAUACCUGAGAGUUUCAGGAAUUUGUCCAUAGCGAUAUAGCCAAAAGUGUGUGAGGUUUAAUUCGAACCCAGAUCUUCUGAAUCAAAGUCUAGCAUUCAUAGCAUCAUAGGACCCCUUAUUUUACAGAUGAGGAAAGGAGGCCAGGCCCAUGUUGUAAAGUGCUUACACAGUGCCUGGCACAUAGUAGGCAUUAUAUAAAUUUUUUUUCCCUUCUCCCACUAAACAGAUUAUAUUCUUUUGAUUUGGGGUUUGCAAAGUCAGAUGAUAUGUCAAUUUUUAGUGAAGACUAAGAAACGGAACACUUGGGUUUAUUUUGAUAAACCAAAAGUAUGAGCACUCCACCAUCAUGUCCCUAUGAAUUACGCAAAGUCCUGAGACAGAGAAUGGAACUUUGUGGUGUAUUCUGAAAAUGACCAUUUGCAAUUCUUGGUAAACAAUCAUUGUUAUUUUGUU